GACCUUGUGGGACAAAUGUAGUACAAACAGCUGCAUUCUGAUGGAUAUAAUUGAGACAAAUACGUCAUAUAUAAUCGUCAAUGGAAGCCAGGCACUGUAUUGUGACCGUCUUUCUGGAAAACUUACUGUGAGACAUGCGUCUGAUGUUUUCAAUGAAUGGAACCCUGUUUGCUUGGGUAAAGUCGAAGGUGUUAUUGGGAAAAUCCGUUAUCAUCCAGAUAGUGAUUGGAGGCUGUAUUUAAUUAAUGAAAGUAAACAUGUAGGAAAAUUACCUGAUGGUUUGGAAGUUCGUCGAAUUAGUCGAGUUACAAUAUUAGUCCUGAACACAUCUCCAACCGGUGAACUUAAUUUAAACUCAUGUACGCGUUCUCAUCCAGACAUUCCAAAAAAGAAUAAAAAGUCAUCAUCCUCAUCACAAAGUAGUCCUACACGUCCUUUCAUGAAAAUGAUGCAAAAACGUAUACUGCCUACGGACACUAGAAAUCCUAAAUGGAGCUUCUUAAUCAACAGUUGGUUCGAAAAACUGAAGCGGCAAAUUAAACGCAGAGAGAAAUACGAACAACGCAUUGAAGAGGAACUGGUUAAUAUGUUACAAUCUGAAGAUGAAUCAUACUUUUAUUUUUCUCCCGGUGGAGGUGAUCUCACCAAUUGGACACAGCGUAAAACUCAUCCAUCUUAUUGGAAUGGUGUACAAGUAGAUGUUGAUGGUACAAAUGCGAACAACAAUGUUGUCGUACAACCACCUGACUCACCAACACUAUUUAAACCAACCUGGCGUCAACCUGUUUGGAGACGUGCUGAUCAAAGAUUCUUUUGGAAUUUUCAUUUAUUAUCUCAACCAAUUGCAGAAGCGGAUCGAAUGUUGACCAGUUGUGGUUUCCCAGUCUAUGGUGCUAAUUUCAAAUCUUCUGAAUCAUUUACACAGUUCAAUAGUUUAAUAACAGAUUUAGAAGGUUUAUUAAUACCUAUUGUUCAAGGUUAUGUACAUAUUGAAGAGUUUGUUUUAAACAGACUUCAAGGCCAUCUUGCCGUGAAUAUUGUGCAGAAGUCGAAAAAUUCAGUUGAAAAGUCGAAUAAUGAACUACCAUCAAUGACUGUAACAUUUUUUAAUAACUCUGUAAAUAUGAAUGAUGGAGAAGGUCAAAUAAAUAUAAGCGGAUUAAGUGAAAAAUUCACUAAUGCUUCUGAUGCAGGAGAAAAUAAAGAGGGACAAUUUAAACCAAUUAUUUAUCCAAAUAUUGAUGCUAAUGUUAGACAACUUAAAGAAUUCGACCCAUCCAUCUUCGCAUCGUCAACAACAACAACACUGGUGAAUGCGAACAAGCAUAUAUCAUUUAAGGAGACAUCUGAGACGAAUGAUGUUGCAAAUAUUUCACAUGAAAAAGAGAAUACACGUAAUUCUUGUACAAUAUAUGACUCUGUAGCAGAAGAUACUUCAGAUUCACUUAAAACAAAUACCAAUAAUAUGACAAGCUCAGUUGUUACUGUACUAUCAGUAGAUAAUUCAAACGAUAAUAAUAAUAUUAAAAACAAUAACAUCAAUAAUAACUUCAGUCAAAAAGAAGGUAAACCUAUGAUGAUAGGCGAUGUUGAACAUGUAAAAGUUAUCCUCUUCUCACGUCGAAGCUGCCGUCGAGCUGGUACACGUUAUAGACGUCGUGGAAUCGAUGUUGAUGGAUAUGUGGCUAAUUAUGUUGAAACAGAACAAAUUCUACACACUAAUAUUGACGACUUUCCGCAUACUGUUGCAUUUCUUCAAUGUCGUGGAUCUGUACCACUCUACUGGAGUCAAACAAGUUUAGUUUACAAUCCACCAAUAAUGUUGGAGAAAACACAAGAAGAGAAUCAAGAAGCGUUCAAUAAGUAUUGGUUGCAACACUUUCAUGAAUUUGAGCGUAUACUUAUAGUGAAUUUAUUGAGUUUUGGUCGUAAACAUCGUGAAACUAUAUUGUCUGACGCAUAUAUACGUCAUAUAUUAUUAUCAAAAAAUGAACGUUUAGCCUAUAUUAACUUUGAUUUUCAUGACUUUUGUCGAAAUUCGCAAUUUCAAAAUGCUUCUGUUCUUCUAUCCGGUAUCGCUGAUUUAUUUCGUAAUUUCAAAUACUGCUGGCUUACUCGUAAUGGUAUGAUAUGCGAACAAAAGUGGAUAUUUCAUGUGAACUGUUUAGAUUGUUUAGAUCGUACAAAUUUAGUUCAGUGUAUGUUUGCUGUUGUUAUGAUUACGACUCAGUUGAAAAAAAUUGGUUUAUUAGGCCCUGAGGAAUGUUUACCCACUGAAUUUUUACGUGCAAUUCAGCAUAUGUGGGCGACAAAUGGUGAUGCUAUCAGUCAAAUAUAUGCAGGCACAGGUGCAAUGAAAGGUGAUUAUACUAGAACCGGUUCACGGACAGUUAACGGUCUGAUGCGUGAUGGUGUUUAUUCAGUCAGCCGUUACUAUUUACGUCUUCGUGAGAUAACUCGUCAAGCUGCAAUUGACUUAUUCAUUGGUAAUGAACAAAGCUCUGAAUUGACAAUGUUUUGCGAUGAAUCCGGACUAGAAUCUACUUCACUGCAAGUACGUGAAGAACGCAUUAAACUACUUAUUGGUCGAUGUCAAGAGCUUUUGAUUCAACCUAAUGAAAAAUGCUUUUCUGAAUGUCUGCUUGUCUCAUACUCUGAGUUUAUUCGUGACAUGCACUAUGUGAAUACAGUUGCACUGGUAACUGACAAGUGUUUACACUUUAUCAAAACUGAUUUCACGGACAGAAAUAAUCGUCCAGCGUAUAUUCGAAUACCUUUGGAAGCGAUAGAGAAGCUGGAGUUCGGAUUGGAGCCGGCUAUUUUUCGUGCAAAGUACUUCGUUCUGAGAAUAUUCUACAAACCUCCUGAUGAAAAUUCCAAUCAGCCUUCUGAUUCACAAAGUCAACCAAUUGUUGUAGGCAGUGAAUGUAUGAAUGUCAAUUGUCAGCAAACACUGGCUUCAACUAACCAAGAAAAGCGUUCUCAAUCAUCAGAUCUGAGUUUAUCACCUGUGAAGAAUGUUGAAAAUAUUCGAAGUAACAAUGGGAGAAUAUCUCGAACAGAUGUUGUAUUUGGUCGAAUGGCUCAUGCAUUCACUACAAGUUUCCUAACGAACGAUAGAGAUACAGAAGACAGUCAAUACAAAUUGAACUUGCAAGGGAACCGGACAAUGUCAGAACAAAAUUAUUCAGAGGUUGAAAAUAAAGAUGUAAGUAGUGGAGGAUGUGCUGGGGGUGGAGGAGUUGGCGUUGGUGGCGCUGGAGCUGGUGGUGUUGGUGGGGGUAACAAUGCUACUGGGAUCCGUAAUUUUAGACAAGCACUUAAAAUGCCGAAAGUAACACAUCAUUUCCUUGAAUUCCUUCAACCAGAUACAAGACUCUUCAAUACAGUUCUAGUCCCUGUUCCACCAGGUGACGAGUCUGUACAAGCAUUACGCGUUGUAGCUUCAACAAUUCUCAUUUCACUUCAAUCGAUUGGUCGACAUUUAGAGUUGACUGAAACAAAACCGCCAAAUAAACUGGAGCGUUUACGUCAAGCUAAUAUACCGAAAGCAUAUCAACCACCAGUUGACCUACACACCCUUGGAUAUGGUCUGCGUGCGUUGGGUCGAAGACGUGAAUCUACUGUCAGCUUACGUAGUCGGCAUCGUACGUCUAGAGCGAGUUCAAUCCAACCCGCACAAUUGGAUACUGAUGAUGCAUCAGCAGAUGUUAUGAAUAAGGAGGAUGAGAAUGCAAGGGAUGAGACAUCAUUUGGAGGAUUGAAUAAGAAUGUAAUUAAACAGAGAUUGAGGCAAAUCAAGUUGCCUAAGUUACCAUUUAAUUUUGGUCGGAAUACAAGAUCAACAUCAGAACAGAAUCGUGGUAAGAAUCUACCAAUAGUCGCUGAAAAAUCGAACAAUGCUAAACAGGACAGGGGUGAGCCAGAUUCAGAAAUUGCAGAUUGUGCACAAUUCUGUUCACCCAAGUUCAAGUCAAAACGUAAUAACAACAAUCCUGUCUUCAACGGCGAUGACGACUAUAAUUAUGAUGAUGCUGAUGAAGAUGAUGACGAUGACUUAGAUGAAGAGGACGAAGCGACUGACAACAGUGACAGAAUCGAUGGUGAAGAUGAUGUCGAUCUGAGUGAUGAAGAUUCUCUCUCUGAAGACAAUCAGUCAACUAUUAAAAUUCCUAUCUUGUAUCCUUUAUUCAGGCGGUCGACGUUUCAUGGUGCCCAUGAAGCAUUACAAUGUAAGCAGGCGAUGUCAUACUCACCAUCAUUGAAGCAAGCAUAUUCCAAACAAUACUCACAUUCAGAAUCUGACAUUAGUAAGCUUCUGACGUCAUCAACACCUGUUUCCUUCCGUGAUUGUAUGGAUGAUCAACAAAAGCGACAGUUGGAAACAAUCUCUAAAUCACGGAAGAGGUUACUGAAAAAAUCAUAUCAAGCCAUAAGCAAAUCAAAACUUUCACUACAACUGAAUCGUUUCCCAAAUGUUGGACAAAAUGAUAAAGCUGAGUCAACGACUCCCAACAAAGUGACACUUCAACUUCCUAGUCAUCAUUUGUUGACUCCAAAUGUUACUGAAAGACAGAUUAAUUUACAGACUGCUAGUCUAGAAGAAUUAUUAUAUGGGAUUGCUAGUCUCCAUGGUGGUGACAGUGGCAACACUCGAACAGGUAGUGUCAGUCGUUUGGAGAAGCGUAGUAAUGAUCGUGGUAGUGGAACAGUGCCAACAAAGUCUGAUUCUAAUUCACGUGUGCCGAAUGAUCAAACUAUUCCAUUGGAAUGCCUCAACAAUAAGAUUAUCUUCGAAAGGUUACAACAAUUAUUCAAAGAGUAUACACAACCAAGUAUAAUGAAUUCACUAUUAGUUUUAUCAUUAUCAUCACUGCAUAGUGAAUUUAACAAUAAUCCUGUAAAUAAUUCCACGAUUGAUUCAACUGCUUCUACUACUAAAACUACUGAUUACACUACUACUGAGUCUUUCAACAAAGAAUUCAAUUCACUGGUGGUAAUACAUGAUUAUGGUUUAUACGAGCUAUUGAAACAUGUCUAUUUACCAGAUAUUCAGCUACCUAAAAAUGCAAAGUUAACUGAAAAGUUGAAGCGUAAACAACUGUAUACACUGAUUCAGUUAGAUAGAAUUCGUCGUCAAUUAUUUUGUGCAGACAAACGACCGCAGCAGCAUACAGGAGUUGGUGAAAAGUACCAACUGGGACAACAGAAAACAAUUUAUUCCUCAUUUAUUAUAUUUUGAUGCAUUCCUCUGUGUCUUUCUAACCAGUCUGUAAACAUUAAUUUUGAAAUUCUUCGCACAUAUACUUUAUCACAUGCCUAUACUACUACUUCUACUAUUGAGUAGACUACUUAUAAACAAGAUAUCCGUCUUUUACUAUUAUCUUCAUGCAUGAGUGAUUUCAGUCAACAACAGGAACACACAGACACACACACAUAUACAGAUAUCUAUCGUCCUGGGAGAGAAACAUCAUUAUGACCAGCUUUUAUGUUCUUGUUGUUGUAUAAAUUGCAUUCGUGUUUUUGUCAUAUGUUAAUGAUCGGUCUUCUAUGCCUCCUCGAGUACUGUCUUUACACAUACAAUUAUUCUUAUUGUUGAAUAUGUGUACGUCAAUAUCUAUGCAUCUAUCUGUCAAUCUAUCCAGCCAUCUUUGUUUUCAUGUUGUUCCUGUGGUACUAACUUCUCUCCUGAGGAGUUAGCCAUUUGUUGCACACAUUAUCUUUAUUGUGAAUUUUCUCAUUGUUUUGUGUGUACCAGCCACCAGCAGCAUAUACGCAUAGAAAGAAGUGAUCGUGUAUGUGUGUGUAUUUGGAUUAUAUUCCUCCGUUUCAUUUGUACCUCAUAAUAAUAUCCAGCACAUACGAGAAGGAGGUGAACAAUUCAGUCUUAUUUAUUAAACAAAACAACGAAAAUAAAAUUUUAUUUUCUUUUGAUCGAUUCAUCAGGUAUUUUUUGGGUGGUGCCAGUCAGAAUCUCAAAAGGACAGUAGUCCUUCCGGUUUUCCUGGUACAGUCAGUUUUAGAGUCAUUUUCUGAUGGUCUAAUAUCCGUUUGGUACUGUCGAAUACUUUCUGCGAUUCUUCCGACCAAGGAAACUUCAAUUCACCUAAUAGUCUCUACAAGGGGGGAGGGAGGGGAAGUUUUUCACAAAUUGACCAUGAAAUGCUGCUCACCCCGGAGGAACUGCCUUAGCUUCCUCUUGCAAUUAGGAGUCGUAGUGGUCUAUAUCGACAAGAUUUCUUCCGGAAACGGUUUUGUCUCACUAUCGCCUACUUCAUCACCCGACAGCAAGACACUCUGUUUGGCUAUCCCAGAUUUUGUUUUGUCGAUGCUUAGUCCAUACUCUUCAACGCGUCUCAACACGGCUUCAACACAUAACCGCUUUCAUUUUGACUGUAGACGAUGAGAUCAUCACCGUACACCUCCACAUUCUUCAAGUAACUAAGUAACAACAUUGGUUAUCAGUUGUCUGAAGGUGAACGGUGCUAAUCCUGAUAGUCCAAAUGACAUGCUUUUAGACCGACAAUGUUUCUGAUCCACGUUGAACGCCGUCUCAACUCUGUCACUCUGUAUAAUCGAUAUCGUCCAAUAUCCUGGCUGGAUGUGGAGCACUGUAAACGAAUUUUCGCUUUGUAGACGAUCCAUGUCCAUAUCACAAACAAAUGACAGUCUUGGCUAGCACACUGCGUUCAUACAUUCUUUCCGCGUUUACCAGUCAGUCAUACUUGAGUGUCAUGUCGAAUUAUUGUUUCCGAUUUCGCUGGCUGAUGGAUGGAUUUUUGUUACAACCUGGCCCUAAACAAUCUGUUUGCUCUUAUUAUAUCACCAUAAUAAACAGUCAGUCUUAGUGAUCAGUAACACAUAACAUCAGUGACACAUGACGUAAGGUGUAUAUUAUUUCCAAAUCAUCCUUUCGGAUUAUCACGUUUCCAUCAGAAGACACUUCAAAUUGGAGAUCGUGUGAUAUGAAUAUCGGUUUGCAUUUGAAAAUACGCUUCACUUUAGUUGGUGGAUUGCUAUUACUGAAUGACAAAUAUGACAACUAGGGAGAAAUCAGAAUAGAGUUUUCAACUAGAUUUAACUGCUCCUGUGAAGCCAGUUACAUAGGUCGUACAAUUAGGCGUGUUUCUCAUCGAAUUUCCGAACAUCACUCUGCGUGGUUAAGCAAAUGUCAAAUAAAAUCUAUUCGCAGCGCUAUUCUGUCUCAUCUUGUGGAGACAGUAUACAAGAUUGACGUUAAACAUGCUUUCAGGGUCAUUUACCGCAUACCUACGAAUCUCAAUUUUGCCUUAAGAGUUCGACUCCUAAAUAUUGCUGAGGCUGAGGGAUCCACAUUAACAAGCCUAAUUUAUGCAUCC